AUGGUUAGGAACAAUGUAAUGGGUACGCAUGUAUUAUUAGAAGCAGCCAAGAUCCAUAAAAUACAACGAUUCAUUCAUGUCAGUACAGACGAAGUAUAUGGUGAAGUCAUUAAUGGUCCUGAUUGUCCUGAAGACACCAUUCUAUCACCCACCAAUCCUUAUUCAGCAACAAAAGCAGCUGCAGAAUGCCUUGUGAAAGCCUAUCAUAAAUCAUUUGGUUUGCCCAUCAUGAUCACUCGCUCCAAUAAUGUCUAUGGACCCUAUCAAUUUCCAGAAAAGAUUACAUCUAAAUUUGUCUGCAGUCUACUAAGAGGCAAAAAAUGUUAUAUUCAUGGUGAUGGACAGAAUUCCCGCAAAUACCUGUAUGCUGCUGAUGUGGCAGAUGCGAUUGACAUUAUUUUCCAUAAGGGUUCUGUUGGUGAGACAUACAACAUUGGUUCGCCUUCAGAGAUAUCCAAUCUUGAAAUGGCUAAACGAUUGAUCUUGUUGUUUGGGUACAGGGAAGAACAAAUAAAUGAUCAUAUUGAGUUUGUUAGGGACAGAGCCUUUAAUGACAAACGAUAUGCCAUUGACUGCAGUAAACUAGAGAAAUUGGGUUGGACACCAAAAGUGAAUUUUGAACAAGGAUUGUUAAAGACAAUUGAUUGGUAUAGACAAUGUACAGAUACAUGGUGGGGUGAUAUUUCAAGUGCUCUUAUCCCUCAUCCUUUUAAAGUGAUUCCUUCUUAUAAUGAACCUUCCUCAUAA